AUGGCCAACAUUGAUAAAACAAUUAUGAGCGAUCGUUUCGAAGAGACUGCAGAACAAGUCGUCCGUCGAAUGAGUCUAUGUGCGCCCGAUACUCUAGACGAGGUGAGGUAUCGUCGGAGUUCGAUAAUAUUAACACAUAACUAUCAAGUGGCUAAUAUUGAUGUAGAUCUUUCAGUCCACAAGAGGAUAGAGUCGUCAACAGAACAUAAACAGGAACUGUCUCCGAUAUCUGCUUCUUUAGAUCCGACUGAUUGGGCAUCAACACGUGCUGAAGCUCACAAGAUGCUGGAUAUUUCCUUGGAUUUCUUGGAAAAAGCUCGUGAUCGACCGGUUUGGGUGCCUUUACCAACUGAUGUUCGACGUCGUCUUUUGCUCGAGGCUUUACCCGAAUAUGGAAAACCUAUUGCAGAUGUAUGUCAAGAUGUUGUUAACAAUGUUUUACCUUAUUCUGGUGGCAACACGCAUCCUCGUUUUUGGGGAUGGGUACACGGGUCGGGCACAGUAGGAGGUGUUAUCGCCGAAAUGAUGGCGGCAUCGAUGAACUCAAAUGUAGGUUUAUGCAGUCACAGUGGAGUACUUAUCGAGCGACAAGUUAUUGAAUGGAUGCGACAAUUAUUCGAAUUUCCUGCAGAGACUGGCGGUGGCCUCAUCGUCAGUGGGACGUCGAUGGCGGCGGUUAUCUGUUUAGCUGUAGCUCGCUACCAUGCUCUCAAUCAAGUAAGACGAGAUGGCUUAGUAAAACUGGGGGUUCAGUUGGUGGCCUACUCUUCAACACAAACACAUGUGUGUGUAGCAAAGGCUCUUGAGCUUCUGGGCUUGGGAAUCCAGGCACUAAGAUUAGUACCUGUGGACAAAGAAUAUCACAUAGAUAUUCAGGCACUCAAGAACAUGAUUCAAGAGGAUCAACAACAAGGCCUUACACCGUUCUGUAUCGUCGGAAAUGCAGGUACUGUAGGUACUGGAGCUUUCGACGAUUUAGAUGCGCUAGCGACUAUAGCCAAAGAGAACAACAUCUGGUUUCACGUUGAUGGGGCUUUCGGCAGUUUUGUUAUACUCGAUCCGAAACGACGACAUUUGAUUGCCGGUUUAUCAAAAGCCGAUUCCUUGGCGUUUGAUUUCCACAAAUGGCUCCACGCACCUUACGCAGCUGGCUGCGUGCUCUUGCGUGAAAUUGGCAUGCUUCACGGUACUUUCUCAUCACCUCGCAACUAUCUGGUGGGCACUAAACGAGGAUUUGCUGCUGAUAAUCCUUGGUUUUGCGAGAUGGGUAUUGAACUUUCACGGCCAUGUCGAGCUCUAAAAGUCUGGUUUAAUAUCAAGGAACACGGAAUUAUACGGCUAGGUCAGUCCAUUGCGGCCAAUUGCGAUCAAGCUCAGUAUUUGGCCAGUUUGUUGAGCAAGCACGAUUUCAUUCGAGUGCUCACUCCUGUCUCACUCAACAUUGUUAAUUUUCGAUUGGAACCUCAUGAACUGAAUAACUUCGAUCCAGAAACCAUCGAUAUAUUCAAUGAUGAGGUCGUCAAUGAUGUGCAAGAACAAGGUAUUGCCAUUCCAUCAACGACACGACUCAAUGAACGACUUUACAUUCGAAUUUGUAUUACCAAUCAUCGUAGUACGCUGGCAGAUUUUGACCUAUUUGUGAAUGCUAUAAUUGAGUUGUGUCAAGUACGAGUUGUUUCCAUGAAUAAAUAA